UGAAUUUGAAACUGGACAGCAAGAAUAUGAAUUCUGGUUUUGAGAGGUUCAAAUGCCCUGUUGAGAGCAUUCCAAUAAUUUCACGUAAGACAGAGUAUAAGUAAAAAGUUCAAGCGGAAGCUCAAGAAUUCAUGGUGUAGUGUUCAGAAAUCAGGUAACGUCUCUAGGAGUGAUCAUUCUCUGAUGCUCAACAAAAGUCGCCAGCAGAGAAGAUCAAGUGUUUAUCGUUGCAGAAAUCAUAAUUAUCAGAACUACCUGAAUAAGUCCCAGUAUCUGGUCAGAAAAACGCCUGACCGAGGGAGGAGUGAUGCUUGAAGAAUAGAGUUCAACAUCUCUAAGCUGCCGAAAUUUGAGGAGGACCGACAACACAGCGGGUUGUACUGUUUCAGACAGGAAAAUCAUGUUAAAAAAGGGCCUAAAGCUCAAGCCGAGAUUAUCAGAAGUCUUAAAUAACUCCUUGGUGAAAUACUCCCGAGCCAAGAAGGUCAGGCAGGACCUUCAGAAAUAAGAUCUUGCUGCGGAAACUGUUCAAAAAGAAGUACAGGAUUGCUAGCAAGAAGGUUCUUAAUAAGUAUUCCUCAACAUCGAAUCUGGAGAAAGCCAAGCUCAAGCGGCUCGAGGAUGGUCUAAUCACUCAGUUUAAUAAGGAGCGUAAUAAUGAAGCUGCUCUGAAGAUACAAAAAUGGUGUAGGAAAGCGGUUAUGAGGAAGAAGAAUCAAGAGGAUCAGAAAGAACUCACACAAGCUGCUAUGGUUGUGCAAAGAGCUUGGAAAAAGCGCAGAGAGAAGAGGUUAUAGGGGUUUAG